UAAUCAAAUACUAAAUUACUUUUCUAAAAAGUGAAAUGGUUCUUAUAAAAAGGCUUAAAUUCCAGUGCUUGCUUGGGCCGAAGGGGCCCUAAAUUAUUGGAAAUAUUGUUUCAUGGCAUCGGCCGUAAAUCGACGUCAAGCUGCUGGAUUACAUCAAUGGAACAUCAUCUGAUAAGCUUACUUCACUCCCCUCUGCACAUAGCCCAGUUCAAGCAGCUUCAUGCUCUCCUCAUCACCAAGUAUUCGUCUCUGACCCCGCUAUUCAUCAAGAAACUCUUGGGCGCGUCUUCCAUUAAGUAUGCCCGCAAGGUGUUCGAUCAAAUCCCCCAAUCAGACCAUACCCUUUGCUGCAAUUCCAUCAUUUCUGCGUGCUCUAGGCUCUCUUUGAACAGAGAAGCCAUUGACGAGUUUGUGUCCAUGCAUAGUACGGACACCCGGAUUGAUUGUUACACGGUUCCCUCCGUUCUCAAAUCGUGUUCUUCUUUGUUAGCUAGAGAUGUAGGGGAACAAGUUCAUUCUUUGGCGAUAAACCAUGGGCUAGACUCCAGUGUGUAUGUUCAAACCGCUCUGAUUGAUUUUUAUGCCAAAAUUGGCGAUGUGGGCUCGGCAAAGCAGAUUUUUGAUGGGAUCGUAAUCAAAGAUCCUAUUUGUUAUAAUUGUUUGAUCUCCGGGUACUCAAAAUCCGGUGAUGUUUUAAUGGCAAGAAAGCUGUUCGACGAAAUGCCUGAGAGAACCAUUGCUUCCUUUAAUGCCAUGCUUUCUUGCCACGUGCAUAAUGGAGAUUAUCUCGAGGGGUUUAGGAUUUUUGAAAGAAUGCAGGCUGAGGGCUGCUGUCCAAACGAAUUUACCGUGGUGAAUGCACUGUCCUUGUGUACCAAGCUUGGGAAUUUGGAAAUGGGAUUGAGAGUGAAGAGAUCCAUUGACCAUUACAGUCUGCGUCGCAAUAUGAUAGUUUCAACGGCGUUGCUGGAAAUGUACGUAAAAUGUGGGGCUGUGGAUGAGGCACGUUGGGAGUUUAAUCAGAUGGAUGAAAGAGACGUCGUAGCAUGGAGUGCUAUGAUUGCGGGCUAUGCUCAAAAUGGGAGACCAGUUGAGGCAUUGGAGCUUUUCGAAUGCAUGAAAAGCGAAGGAAUAGAGCCCAACGAUGUCACUCUUGUGAGUGUUCUAUCAGCUUGUGCUAGGCUAGGCUCUGUGGAAGCUGGGGAGUGCGUUGGUCGCUAUGUGGAGUGCCUUGGUUUUGAGUCAAACAUUCAGUUAGCCUCGGCAUUGUUGGCUAUGUAUUCCAAGUGCGGGAACAUAGAGAAAGCUCGUCAAGUGUUCGACAGAAUGCCCCAUAGAGAUGUUGUUAGUUGGAACUCGAUGAUUAUGGGGCUGGCAGUGAAUGGUCUUGGAGAGGAUGCAAUUUCUCUGUAUGGAAAAAUGCAUGAAAUAGGGAUUCACCCGGAUGACAUAACAUUUGUUGGGCUGCUUACCGCCUGCACCCACGCAGGCCGGGUAGAGCUGGGCUACGAGUUGUUCGGGAGGAUGCGAAGCGAGCAUGACAUUACCCCGAAGAUAGAACACUAUGCUUGUAUCGUGGACCUUCUUUGUCGUUCUGGGAGACUACAAGAAGCUUACGAAUUCGUAUCUCAGAUGGAAGUGGAACCCAAUUCUGUGAUAUGGGGUAUCUUGCUAAGUGCAAGCAGGAUUCACUUGAAUGUGGAGCUUGCAGAGAUUGCUGUCGAUAGAUUGCUAGAACUAGAGCCUGAGAAUUCUGGGAACUACGUCCUCCUUUCCAACAUUUACGCUGCUGUAGGUCGAUGGCAAGAAGCCGCGAGGGUGCGACUUCUGAUGAGAAGUAAGUGUGUGCGAAAGAUUUCUGCAUAUAGCUGGAUAGAACUGGAAGAUAGAGUGCAUAAGUUUCUGGUUGGGGACACAUCCCACCCUAGGUCCAAAGAUGUCUAUGGCACCAUUGAUGGCUUGGCACUGCAUUCGACUUGGUCUGGUCCUGACUUUGAGCCUGAAAUGGAGCUAUGUUAAAGAGAGAAAAGGCCCGAGCCUGAAGCCCUACUAUGGCUGGGAAAACUGGUAACUCAUUUGAGGUUGUAACACUUCAUCAGGUUCUGAAAACUGGGAGAACUGUUUGCCUAUUGGAAUGAGAAGUAGAGGUAGAGGCCAAGGGAAGAGUGACUGCAUGACUUGCACUAAUGCAGCAUGAAGCCUUGUCUUCAUGUGUAAAGAAAUAGGAACCCCUUUAAAUUGUUUAGGGUUAGGAUUGCAAAUGGGCAGAGUCACAGCUCAAUUUUGACUCGUUUAUGCUUGUUUAUUUAAUUAAAUGAACAAGUUUAAAUUUAAUUUUUAAGCUCAAUUAGUAAACAAGUGGAGUUUGAGCUAGAGGGUGUUUGACUCUCUUCAUCUCAUGAACAAUCUUAUUUAAGUGCUCAUUUCUAGAUCG